AUGGGGCUAAACAUGGUGCUUAUGUACCGCGCCUGGUUUAACCGUAUAUAUUGCCGCAACGUCAUACUCCAGCCGGGUGACGACAGCAGGUACAGCGGUGUUGAGCUGAGCAACCGGUGUGCCGAAAUCGUGUAUAUGCCGCAGUCACUAGGCGCGUCCUUCAUCCUGGAAGUGGAUAACUUCGUCCUGGUUAACAAGACCGUUUCCGCACGUGACCCGGCCCCGCUAUGCUACACCAUUCCGCAGAUCCCGCUGGAUGCCCAGCUGUGUCUGCAGGUGUACGAUCUGGACUUCAACUGGGCCAAACUGGACAUUAGCGGCUGUGUGAAUUUCCAGGGAAAACUCGAAGGCAUGUCGAUUUUGACCAUCAAGCUGGGCUGCUUCAAUCUGCCGCUGAAGGAAGCGCCGCGCGGACUGCAUGAACGGGAGGAACUGUAA